AUGCACAGAGAGCCACGUCUUUUUCCUGCCUGCCCUGCCCUGUUGCCCCAGGCCCGGCUGGAGCGAGACCUGAGCAACAAGAAGAUUUACCAAGAGGAGGAGAUGCCUGAGUCCGGCGCGGGCAGCGAGUUCAACCGCAAGCUUCGCGAGGAGGCGAGGAGGAAGAAGUAUGGCAUCGUCCUUAAGGAGUUCCGGCCCGAGGACCAGCCGUGGCUGCUCCGCGUCAAUGGCAAAUCAGGCAGAAAGUUCAAGGGCAUAAAAAAGGGAGGUGUGACAGAGAACACGUCCUACUACAUCUUCACCCAGUGCCCUGACGGGGCCUUUGAGGCCUUCCCCGUGCAUAACUGGUAUAACUUCACGCCUCUGGCCCGGCAUCGCACCCUCACUGCUGAAGAGGCCGAGGAGGAGUGGGAGAGGAGAAACAAAGUCCUGAACCACUUCAGCAUCAUGCAGCAGCGGCGGCUCAAGGAUCAGGACCAGGAUGAGGAAGAUGAGGAGAAGGAGAAGCGUAGCCGCAAGAAGGCCAGUGAGCUGCGCAUCCACGACCUGGAGGAUGACCUGGAGAUGUCAUCUGACGACAGCGAGGCCAGUGGUGAGGAAGGUGGUAGAGCCCCCAAGGCCAAGAAGAAGGCACCACCCACCAAGGGGGGCAAGAAGAAGAAGAAGAAGAAGGGGUCCGAUGAUGAGGCGUUCGAAGACAGCGACGACGGGGAUUUCGAGGGCCAGGAGGUGGACUACAUGUCCGACGGCUCGAGCAGCUCCCAGGAUGAGCUGGAGGGCAAGCCCAAGGUCACCCAGCAGGAGGAGGGCCCCAAGGGCGUAGACGAGCAGAGCGAAAGCAGCGAGGAGAGUGAGGAGGAGAAGCCGCCCGAGGAGGACAAGGAGGAGGAGGAGGAGAAGAAGGUGCCCACACCUCAGGAGAAGAAGCGCAGGAAAGACAGCAGCGACGAGUCGGACAGCUCGGAGGAGAGCGACAUCGACAGCGAGGCGUCCUCGGCCCUCUUCAUGGCGAAGAAGAAGACGCCCCCCAAGAGGGAGCGGAGGCCGUCGGGAGGCAGCUCGCGGGGCAACAGCCGGCCGGGCACACCCAGCGCGGAGAGCGGCAGCACGUCGUCCACCCUGCGGGCGGCCGCCAACAAGCUGGAGCAGGGCAAGCGGACGAACGAGACGCCGGUGGCCAAGCGCUUGCGGCUGGACCCCGGGCCCCAGAGCCUGUCGGGGAAGUCGACCCCUCAGCCCCAGUCCGGGAAGUCGACCCCCAGCAGCGGUGACGUGCAGGUGACCGAGGACGCCGUGCGCCGCUAUCUGACACGGAAGCCCAUGACCACCAAGGACCUGCUGAAGAAGUUCCAGACGAAGAAGACAGGGCUGAGCAGCGAGCAGACGGUGAACGUGCUUGCCCAGAUCCUCAAGCGGCUCAACCCCGAGCGCAAGAUGAUCAGCGACAAGAUGCACUUCUCUCUCAAGGAGUGACGGGCUCUGGCGCCCACCCACCUGCCCAAUAAACAAGCUCCGUCUCCAGAA